AUGGAAAAAAACGCAAAUACUACGAAAUGGGUAUCGGCUCUAAAUUCUACAUCUGUUGGCCUUAAUACCCUUCCAAGUUGUGUAUGCUUAGCAGAUCUUUAUGGUGAUGGUGAUUAUAAAUUGGUAAUUGGCGAUUUUGGUACCGAAAAAUAUGAUAUCCGAUUGAAAGUAUUCCGAGGCUUACAAUUGAUUGGUGAAAAUGUUCUCAGCGAUUUACCAUCGGCCAUAGUAUCAUUUAAUAAUGAAAAUAUAGAGCCUAAUUUAUCAUCUCUAGCAAUAACCUGUGGUUCAUCAAUUCUAAUUUAUAAAAAUUUAAAACCGUUUUACAAAUUCACACCACCAUCAUUGGAAAUAAACGAAGAUGAAGCAGAAGCUUGGCGACAUGUUGAAGCUGGUCAUAUUAAUACAUCACAACUUCAUGCAGUACUUGUAAAACUACUCCAUAAGCUUGGUAGCAUGGAGUUGACAACUCGUUCGCAAGCAUUCUUAAGCAGCAAAGAAAACGAUCGAGAUCGUAUACUUCACCAAUGCUUGAAUAGCAAAUUAGUUCAUCAAAGCACCAUAAAUUGUAUGACAACAAUGAAACGAUCCUCCGCUGAACUAAGCGCCAUCGAUUGUAUUAUUUGCGCCACUGAAUAUGGAAUUGUUUAUUGUAUCGACACACAAGCAUUUACCAUUUUAAUGAAAUGUAAAAUACCGGGAAUUCCCGUAUUUUUAUAUGCUGCAGGUUUGUAUGAAGUGGACUAUCGAAUAUUUGUAAGUACAAGAGAUGGUGAAAUUUUUAGUAUCAAACGAGAUAUGAAAACAGUGCUGAAUCCAAUUAUCACUAUGACAACUGAUAUCAUCGGUAUGAUACGUGUUGGCAAACAGUUAGUGGUAGCAUGUAUCGAUCAGACGAUAUCAUUUUUUGCUGCGAAUGGAAAAUGCCAAAAUAAAAUAAAAUUGAACGAAAGCAUACGUGGUAUCGACACUUUCACCUAUGAACCUAAACAAUAUGUUGCUCUAUUGGUUGCUCUGGACAAAGAGGUGAGAAUUUAUAAUGAAACAGCAUUAGUGGAUCAACAAAAAAUCGAUCAAUCCAUAAAUUGGAUCAAAUAUGGACAACUUGGACGUGAAGAAGGCGCAUUAAUUAUUGGAACAACAUGUGGUGGCUUAAUUGUGAAGCUUUUUCGUCGGACAGGAACAUUGGAGAAGCAAAUUGGAGAAAUUGGUGCUGUACAAGCGCAAUUUCGGAAAUUAAACAUACCACGUAGGACGCAAAUUUACGUCGACCAAGCAAUUCGUGAACGUGAAAAUACGCAACUUAUGCAUCAAGUUUUUCAACGGGACCUAUUUAUGUUACGAUUGACAGUUACCAAGGCAUUCGCAAAUUUGACUCAAAAUUCACUGAAUUCAAUUUCGACCAAAAAAAAUGAAGCAGUGGAAAUAUCGGUGGAAAUUAAUGGUUUUGGGCCAAUUUUUCGGAUGAUUAUCAAACUGCAAGCUGCCUCCCAACAAACUCUUCAACAUCUUUAUUUACUGUUUCACUACAACCAGGAAUUUUACGAAUUUGAGAAAUCAUUGAUUCCGGUUCCAGCAUUGGUAUCUGGAAUGACAUAUAUAUUUUAUAUCGUAGUACGUUGUCUAAAUCCAGAAAAAGGUAUUUCGGAUGAUGUCCGAAUAAUUCUUGCUGACCACUGUAAUAUAAUUGUUGCCGCACUGGUUACUAUGCCUGUUAGUGAAAUGAGCUUAUUAGAUUGUUAG